GUGGAAAGGCAAACCGGUUCUUAGAAGGUUCACCAGUGGAACCAACUUUGAACUAGCACCAGCGCUAGCUCUGAACCAGCACCCGGUUCUUUUUUGGUGGAAAAGGGCUUAUAAAUGAGUCUUUAGUUCACGGCGCUUGCAACUGUUUCUUUGCAGCACGACGGCACUAUUGUGCACGGCGCUUGGCGCGUUCUCGCAACAGAGAUUUACGCAAGAUUUUGCAUUUACGCUGUUUGCGUAGCGAACGACAUAUUUUAAGCUGCAUUUUAUCAACACCGCCCUCUAAGGUCACAACAUACGAUGGGUCACAGAUUUCGGUGUCACACCUGUGACCGGCAGCGGCGGAAUGAAGGAAUUUACGUCAUUGUGAAUUAAGUCGUUACGUCAGGACGUAAAAGAACUGGUGAACUGGAUUAUUGAACUGGUUCAUUAAAACGAACUGUCCGAAAGAACGCGGAAAAGAACCGAACUUCCCAUCACUACCUUUCCAGCCCUUCUCUGUCGCCGCCUAUGUAUAGUGUUUCCUUAGAAGACACGUGAUUAUGUGCUCAAUUGUUGCCCCCCUCGUCAUUGAUCACGUGUUUAUGACAGGGAAAAACUCAACCCCCAAAAAAAGGGUUUUUAUACACAACACUGAGAGGGUAACAUCACUAAAGCAUACUAACGCUCACAUAUCAUUAGGUUAACCAUCGAUGGACACAGCAUGUCGUAUCCCUUCAUCUCGACUAGCCGGGCUGGGUCAGAUUACAGACUACCUUUACAUCAGCAAUGGCAAGACGGCCAAAGACAGCUCGGUUUUAACUCGCCUCAAAAUCACCUGCAUCAUUAACGCUACACAGGACAAGGAAGAUAUUUGCCUUCGUUCUAUUGAAUAUAUUCGGGUGGCUAUCUCGGACUCUCCUGCAGCUCAUCUCCACAAACAUUUCGACACAGUUGCGGAUAAAAUAGAUGCCGUGAGAGCGCAGUGCGGUCGCGUGCUGGUACACUGCUGUGCAGGCGUGAGCCGCUCUGCGACGCUUUGUCUCGCCUACCUCGUGAAAUACCGCGAUAUGUCGCUUAUGGACGCGCACACACUGGUCAGCGCGUGCAGGCCAAUCAUCCGGCCUAACUCUGGUUUCUGGAAACAACUAAUUGACUACGAACGCAGUUUACAUGGAACGAAUUCUGUAAUGAUGGUGGCUUCACCUUUGGGUCAGAUUCCGGACUUGUAUGAAAAAAACACUAGGGAUUUGAUACCACUUUAAAUUGACAUGGCCUGUAAAUGACAUCUUUAGAAAUAGGUGUCAUAUCUCGGUGUAAAACUGGAUAAUACAGCAUAUUUUAUGUUAAGAUCCACUCAGCAUUUCAGUAAAUUCAGUGAUGUUUUACAAAACAAAAAUAUUUCAUAUGUAGAGGUAUUAAUUAAUUCGUCUUCAGUACCUUUAUUCUUUCCCGUUUACUUUAGUAGUACGAAUGGAUGGCAGAAUUAUCACAUUGUUCUUCAGGUGUAACUUACAUUUCAUGUAUGUUUGUAUGCAGUUUUUUGUAACAUUGUUUUCUGACAUUUCCUGAAACAAUUUAAAAAGACAAGCUCUUUUCAAAUUCUGCUACUGUAUGUUGUCCUUUGUUUCUGCGGUACUUUGCCAGUUAGGCUAUUAAAGAUGAAGUCAGGGGUUCACGAGAAAAAACAUGUUAUUUGGUGAAGGUCUCUUUGGCCACGUUCACACUGCAGGUAAAAGUGGCCCAAAUCUGAUUUUUUUUUUUGGGUCAAGUGACCAGGUCAGACUUCUUCAGGAGUAGUGUGAACACUCAAAUCUAGCCCAGAUCUGAUUUUUUCAAAUCAGAUUCAGACCACUUCCAUAUGUGGUCCUGAAUCAGACCCAAAUCUGAUUUUUUCCAAUGUGGCCGCAGUGUGAACAACCAAGGCGAAUUUGAUGUGACUUUUACGUCAAUCUACAUCAACAUUCGUCACAAUUAUGCGCCGGCGAGUACGCACACAAAUGUGACUAUGCCUACAAAAUGGAUCAAAUAAUCAAAAGUUACCCUCGACAUCCGAAAAUUUUCAAAACACUGUGUCUCUGUGCUGCCAUUACACAAACAUUUAGAAAGAAAAGCGAAAAUGCUUACUUCCUCCAUAACCUCGCCAACUUUAGCGCAACGGCGUGCUGCGUGUGAUGUCAUUGUUAUUGUUCGUUUGCGCAUGCGGGUCAGUUCGAAACAGCAAACAGUUCACACUGGUAUCUGAUAUAGGCCACAUUUUAAAAGGUAAUGUGAACAGCCAAACAAAAAAAUCAGAUCUGAGCAAAAUAUCCGAAUUGAGCAUUAAGACUUGCAGUGUGAACAUGGCCAUAUUCCAGCAAGAUUCUAAAUCUUCUGAGUCCAUUCCAGAAACAGAGUCCAUUUGUAACAAUUUACCCUGAAAGCUGUUCUGUAAUAAAGAUAAAAUAUGCUCUUAAA